UCAUUGCCUCAUAUUUUUACUGUCUACGUUUAAUCUUUAAAUACCCCACAAAAUCCUAUUCCGUUAGCCCUCUCAUGCUUUUUUCAUGAACGUUUCAGCUUGGCCUAUAUAACAAUAAUUAAUCUUGUGUUGUAAUUGAAAUAAGAGCCAUAUGGCUAGUUUUUGUAAGAAAUCUAUGGUUCUGUUCCUUUUGGCAGCUAUUAGUUUUUUGAUUUCUUGUUCUAAUGCAACUGGGCUUAAGAAAUUUGAUCAUCCCACUAAAGGUAAUGGCAAUCUUAGAUUCUUGGUUAUUGGUGACUGGGGACGUAAAGGUGAUUAUAAUCAAUCUGCUGUUGCUCUCCAGAUGGGAAGAAUAGGAGAGGAACUAGACAUAGAUUUUGUAGUUUCAACAGGUGACAAUUUUUAUGAUAAUGGGCUAACAGAGGAAGAUGAUCCAAAUUUUCUAGAGUCUUUUACCAAUGUUUAUACAGCAAAGAGCUUGCAAAAGCAAUGGUAUUCAGUAUUAGGUAACCAUGAUUACAGGGGAGAUGCAGUAGCGCAACUUAGUCCUUACCUUAGGAAAAUUGACAGUAGAUGGAUUUGUUUGCGAUCUUUCAUAAUCAAUGCAGAAAUUGCUGAAAUAUUCUUGGUUGAUACAACUCCAUUUGUGAAAGAGUACUUUGUGGAAACAGAACAUACAUAUGAUUGGCGCAAUGUGAUGCCUCAAAAAACAUAUACAGAAAACGUAUUAAAAGAUCUUGAGAAUGCGUUAAGUGAAUCAACAGCAAAAUGGAAAAUAGUAGUGGGACAUCAUGCCAUUAGAAGUGUAGGACAUCAUGGUGAUACUAAUGAACUUGUGGACCGUUUUCUGCCUAUCCUUAGGGCAUAUGAAGUAGAUCUAUACAUGAAUGGGCACGAUCAUUGCCUUGAGCACAUCAGUGAUAGCGAAAGCCCCAUACAAUUUUUAACGAGUGGAGCAGGAUCAAAGGCAUGGAGGGGAGAUGUGAAAUCCUUGAACAGAGAAGGAAUGAAUUUCUUCUAUGAUGGACAAGGUUUCAUGUCUGUCCAAGUGACACCAACUCAUGUAGAGAUCGAGUUCUAUGAUGUUUUUGGCAACGUUUUACAUAAAUGGAGUAGGUCUAAGCAACUGCUUCACACGGCUAUUUAGAUUUUGCAUUUUCUGCUUAUUCAGAGACACAUAGAAUAGUUUACGAUAGAGUAUUCAGGUUUUACACAUGUGGAUGAAGUGAGGAUUCGUUCAUACUUGAUUGGGAAUGAACAAUAAAAAUAGCACGUUUGUAUCCACGGAAAACUAUGAGAAUUUAGUAGCUGUAAAUAGUUAGAAGAUAGAUGUGGAAGAAAUUGGCAAUGCAGCAGAGCCAUUUGAUUUUUUCGCCCUAUUUUCUCCUACAAUAAAGAUAGUCUAUUUGAUGUAA